CUAGUGCGAAGAACAACAAAAGCAUCCCUUCUUCAAAAAGAGUGAAGUAAGGCAAAAUCAAAUCAACAAAACUCUCAAUUGUUCGAAACUCUCGUAUUCCAUCCAUCACCAUCCUCUCUUUCAAAUCAGCAACAGCGAGAGUUGCAAUAUCUCUCCCUCUGUCUCUCUCUUUCGCGAUAACAAUCAAACAUUGAAAAAAAAUCCCAAAAAUAAGGGUUUAAGCAAAAACCCUCAAGAGUUUGAUGCCCAAAUGCCCAUUCCCAAUCCGUAUCAGUUUCUUCAGCUACUUCCUCAACCAAAGUCGAAUCCUUUCGAGUUACCCAGUUAAGGUUACGAUCUCUAUUACUCAUCUCCCCUUCUCUUCUUCUGUUUCAGUUUCUCCUAACCCAUCAAUGGAAGCCAAGAAUCCAUCGGAAGCUCCAAUCUCGGAACAGAUGUUUAAAUCGGCUCCCAAAAUGGGUUCUUACAAGUUGGGUGAUUCAACUUUAUCUUCAAUGAUUGAGAGUUACGCCAAUUCGGGUGAUUUUGCUUCGGUGGAGAUGCUUUUGAGUCGAGUUAGAUUAGAGAACAGAGUCAUUAGUGAGCAUAGUUUCAUUGUUGUCUUUAGAGCUUAUGGGAAAGCACAUUUGCCUGAGAAAGCUGUAGACUUGUUUCAUAGAAUGGUCGAUGAGUUUCACUGCAAACGUAGUGUCAAGUCCUUUAACUCUGUGCUGAAUGUGAUUAUAAACGAGGGUCUUUAUCACCGUGGAUUGGAGUUUUAUGAUUACGUUGUGAAUUCCAACAUGAACAUGAACAUUUCUCCUAAUGGUUUGAGUUUUAAUCUGGUCAUUAAGGCUCUUUGCAAGUUACGGUUUGUGGACAGAGCAAUUGAGGUCUUCAGGGGAAUGCCUGAGAAAAAGUGUUUGCCUGAUGGGUAUACGUAUUGUACAUUGAUGGAUGGGUUGUGUAAGGAGGAAAGGAUUGAUGAAGCGGUUUUACUGUUGGAUGAGAUGCAGAGCGAGGGAUGUUCACCGAGUCCGGUUACAUAUAAUGUGUUGAUUGAUGGGUUGUGCAAGAAAGGGGAUUUGACACGGGUGACAAAGCUUGUUGAUAAUAUGUUUCUUAAGGGUUGUGUUCCUAAUGAGGUGACUUAUAAUACGCUUAUUCAUGGUCUAUGUCUCAAGGGUAAAUUGGAUAAAGCUGUUAGUCUCUUAGAACGGAUGGUGUCGAGCAAAUGUAUUCCAAAUGAUGUUACAUAUGGAACACUCAUUAAUGGUUUGGUUAAGCGAAGACGAGCAAGUGAUGCGGUGAGGUUGUUGAUCUCUAUGGAAGAAAGAGGGUAUUGUUUGAAUCAGCAUAUUUAUUCGGUUCUUAUAAGUGGGUUGUUUAAAGAAGGCAAAGCUGAGGAGGCUAUGACCUUGUGGCAGAAAAUGGCGGAGAAAGGUUGCCGGCCCAAUGUUGUUGUGUAUAGUGCUCUUGUAGAUGGUUUAUGCCGCGAAGGGAAACCAAAUGAAGCUAAAGAGAUACUUAAUGGAAUGAUAAGUAGUGGAUGCUUGCCCAAUGCUUAUACGUAUAGCUCUUUGAUGAAAGGAUAUUUCAAAGUUGGUCUUAGUGAAGAAGCGAUUCAAGUGUGGAGAGAGAUGGAUGAAACCGGAUGUUCUCGAAAUGAGUUUUGUUAUAGUGUUCUUAUCGACGGUCUUUGUGGGGUUGGGAGAGUUGAUGAUGCUAUGAUGGUGUGGUCAAAGAUGCUCACUAUCGGGAUCAAACCUGAUACAGUAGCUUAUAGCUCAAUGAUAAAAGGCCUUUGUGGUAUUGGCUCAAUGGAUGCGGCGUUAAAACUUUACCAUGAGAUGUUAUGCCAAGAAGAACCCAAGUCACAACCUGAUGUUGUUACUUAUAAUAUACUUCUCGAUGGAUUAUGUAUGCAGAAAGAUGUCUCUAGAGCAGUUGAUCUUUUGAACUGUAUGUUAGAUAGAGGUUGUGAUCCCGAUGUUAUUACGUGUAACACCUUUUUGAAUACUUUGAGCGACAAGUCAGAUUCUUGUGAAGAAGGGAGGAGUUUUCUAGAAGAACUUGUUGUGAGGCUCUUAAAGCGUCAGAGAGUAUUGGGCGCUUGUAAGAUUGUGGAAGUAAUGCUGGGUAAGUAUCUGGCACCGAAGACCUCCACUUGGGCGAUGAUUGUUCCAGAGAUAUGUAAACCAAAGAAGAUCAGUGCGGCCAUUGAUAAAUGCUGGAGGAACAUAUGUACUUGAACAUUACUUAGCAUUUUUGUGCAAAUAUUGCAUUGCUUCCAACUUAAAAGCCUUCCAUGCUUGGGACUUUUGGGCAUCUGGAGUUAUGGCAAAACCGGAAAUGCGCUCGAGAACAGCUUAAACCAAAAGGAAAGAUCUUCCAAGUCUUAUUGGUCUCUCCAUGGUGCAAAACUUCGAGCUCAUAGGCAAAGAGAAGUCUGUGAAAAUGAUCAGCGAUGUUCCAGAAGCGAAGCUCAAAGAUUCUUGUAUGUGAUUCACCUACCUACUUCUUACCUUGAAACAAUUUAUGGUAACAAUACAUUCCCUUAAUAAGAAUCUAUAGGAAAAUUUUGAUAA